AUGGCUUCAAUUUCUGCAACUUUGCCUCCUCCAUUGUUACUUACUCAGAGAAAACCCAAUCUCACAUCAAUUCAGAAACUACCAUUUUCUCUAAUUCGAGAGAAACGAAACCGUAGCAUCGCUCUUAUGGUUAAAGCUAGUGGUGAAAAUUCAGAUUCAUCGACUGAUCUCAAUGUCGUUAGUUCGAUUCAAAAUGUUUGGGAUAAGUCUGAAGAUCGAUUAGGUCUUAUUGGUUUGAGUUUUGCUGGUAUUGUAGCUCUUUGGGCUUCACUAAACCUAAUCACGACAAUCGACAAAUUGCCUGUUAUAUCGACUGGAUUCGAACUAGUUGGUAUAUUGUUUUCUACGUGGUUUACAUAUCGAUAUCUCUUGUUCAAACCCGAUAGAGAGGAACUAUCUCAAAUUGUCAAGAAAUCAGUAGCUGAUAUACUUGGCCAGUAA